UUUUUCAUGGGGCAAAUGAACAUCUGACCGAUUUGUUUGUAGUUGCCAAAAAUGGAGUUUAUUGCCUGAUAUACGCCUAUGAUUUCAUUUCCGGUUGUCAGUUCGUAACCACUGAACUGAAAACACGAACAUUUCCGCGUUGCCUUGUACAGCACGGCUUGCUCCAGAUCCAAUACGUUUCACUUUGCAGGCUCUCAAUUUUAACGCAGUUUGGAAAGAGAAUAAGUAUUAAAGAACUACCGGUAUAUAUUUGUGAUAAAUCUGUUUCUGAUCGUUUCUGAUAAAUCUACUGUAAGUACGCACGUCACUACAUCGGUCACUCCCCCGACCCUCCCCCACUACAGGCACUAAUAUGCUCCACCCCACUUGAGAAACCUUUUCAACACACAAAACGCUGUUCUAUGUGUUUGUUUUUUUAUUUCAAGCACGAUCUCGUAUUUAAUUCAUCAUCCCUGUUCUUCCUCGAUCUCGGAGUUUACUCAUUAUGUGUUAAAACAAGAUGACUCGUUUGCUUUUCACAAAGUUUGUGGUUUUCAAGCUCACGUAUUUAUACGUAAUCUUGGCGGCUGACACUCUAGUAUCAGGAUCAGGUUGUUCAAAUGAUCUUGGAAUGGAGAGUAGAAAAAUAAAAAAGUCCCAGCUUAGCUCCAAUACAAAUGACAAAGGUUGGGAUGCUGACGAAGGCAGACUACGCAAUUCAAAGGCGUGGUGUAGUAAGAAUGAAGAUCCUGCAUCUGAGUACUUUCAGAUCGACUUGUUAAGGGUCAGACAUGUCUCAGCCAUUGCUACUCAAGGGGUGGAACAUUGGAAAAUUGAUUAUUAUGUUAAGACAUACAUGAUAAAGUACAGUUAUGAUGGUUCAACCUGGUUCUACUAUGAAUCAGAAAAUGGUGCUGAUGUGACAUUUACUGGAAACCGCGAUACUGACACUGUAAAAAAGAACCUCUUUAGAGAUACGUUUGUAGCAAGGUACCUCAGAAUAUGCCCCAAGACAUACCACAGGGAUAUGUGCCUCCGAGUUGAGGUGUAUGGAUGCAGUGAUCAAGACGAUGAUUGUUCAAGAUACAUUACAAGUGCAACUGGUUCUAUCACCAACCCGGGGCACCCAGUGGAUUACCCUUCUAAUAAGGACUGCACAUGGCUUAUUUCAGUUGGCAGUGGAAAACAAAUUGCGCUCAUGUUCACAACGUUUGACGUAAAACGUGGUUCAAGUACACAGGAUUGCCAGGAAGACUUUGUAGAUGUGAGGAAUGGCCUUACUGAUAUAGCACGUCAAAUCGGUGGAAAAUACUGUAAUGGAAACAAACCAGUGUUGAUAACUACACCCAGAAAUAUUGUGCGAAUCCACUUUCACUCUGGCAGCACAGCCAUAAGUGUUUCUUAUAAAGGAUUUCAAAUUCAUUACAUCACUGUGACACCAGGGUCAGAUGAUGUGCUUGCUGGCAAAGGCUGUGAUGGAGAUACACUAGCACUUGAUUGUUCAAGCUCUGCUUAUACAAUCAACAUUCUCCAUGCCUCAUAUGGCUCUUAUCCUUACAGUUGUGGCCAACAAUAUACAUCGAUAAAAUGUCCAGUGUUGGAUGUUAAGAGUGACAUUGUAACAAAGUGCCAGGACUACAAGGAAUGUCGCAUUUCUUUGAGUGGGUCUCUUUUUGGUUACAGUUGCCCCAAUAACACUGCAAGAGGUCAACUGGAAGUCUUCUAUCAGUGUACUAGUAGGAACAUAAAAACACCAGCACCAACAACACCAUCAACACCACUAUCAACACAAGGGAGCACUGAAGCACCAUCCACUGAUCCCCCCACCACCAUUAAUAGUCAGCCCUCAAAUUCAUUCACAGAUGAAACAGCAGGUUCAACUUUAAUCCCCUUGAUCGAGCCCUUCACCACAAAACCAAGCACAUCACUUACACCAGUAGUCUUUACUGUUGGCACUGAUGUUCCACCACUUACGACUCCUGGAGGCUCUGGUAAGUCAGCUGUGCCAUCAGUGGGUGGGAGAGAGGCUCAGACAGGAACAGGAAUGCCGACAGGAACUAUGGUUGGAGUUAUUGUGGUCACGGUUGCAGUCAUACUGGUUGCAGCUCUGAUUGCUGUCUUCUUUGUUCGGAGGAAAAGGCUACAUAAAUCUAAAGGUGAACCUUUUCAGGCAGUGGCAUUCACUCCAGAGAGGGAAUACAGCAUGCCAGAGAAUUGCCCCAAAGGAAGGUGUCCGCUUGAUGCAAGAAACGGUGCAUAUGAGACUGUGAAUAUCUUAUAUGAAAGUGCUGACAGCCCUAGUGAAUCUAGCGCCGCUGGUAAAGAGGAGAGCGCUGCAUAUGCAAGGUAG